ACACACUGACCAUGGCAUCUGAAAAGCCGAUACUUUAUAGCUAUUUCCGAAGUUCCUGCUCUUGGAGAGUGAGAAUUGCACUGGCUCUGAAAGGGAUUGCUUAUGACGUGGUGCCAGUGAACCUCCUGAAGGAUGGGGGACAGCAGUUUUCUGCUGAAUUCAAGGCAGUGAAUCCAAUGCACCAAGUCCCAGCCUUGAAAAUUGAUGGCAUCACCCUUUCUCAGUCGCUAGCUAUAAUUCAUUACCUAGAAGACACUCGUCCUAACCCCAGGCUCCUGCCCCAAGAUCCAAAGAAGAGAGCCCAAGUCAGAAUGAUCACAGAUCACAUUGUUUCUGGCAUUCAGCCACUUCAGAACCUGAGCAUCCUGAAACAAAUGGGGGAGAAAAAAAUGGAAUGGGCUCAGAACUGCAUCACGUCUGGCUUCCAAGCACUGGAGCAGAUUCUGCAGCACACUGCUGGGCGCUACUGCAUGGGGGAUGAAGUUUCCAUGGCUGAUCUGUGCCUGGUGCCUCAAGUUUACAAUGCUGAAAGAUUCAAAGUGGACAUGGGUCCAUAUCCCACAAUAACCAGAAUAAACAAAGCUCUCCUGGAGUUAGAGGCAUUCAAAGUAAGCCACCCAUCCCAGCAGCCAGAUACUCCUGCAGAGUUGCGAGCUUGAAGCCUUCUACUCAGUAAAUCAAAUAAACUGGAGAGUCAAAGAGGACAGCAGGUACAGCUUGAGUAGGACUUCAGUGACAGCAGGA